AUGAUUGUUUUUAUAAUUUGUUUUGAAGGUGCAUCAAAAAGUGUUGGAUUUAUUCGUUUUGAUCAACGAUCAGAAGCCGACAUGGCUAUUAGUAAGCUUAAUGGUACUAUUCCAAAAGGUAUUUCAUGUAUACAAUAUCUCAUUGUAGGUUUUACUGAUCCAAUAACUGUUAAAUUUGCUAAUACGCCAAAUGUUGCUAAAUCCAUGAUUGGUUUACCAUUAGCACCAUCAUAUUUAUCCGGUAUUCCAACGCCACAACAACCUGUACUUGCUACAGUACCACCUAUUCGUCAACAAUUGAAUAGGUACAGAGAAACACAUGAACGAUCAAAAUAUCGAUAUUCACCAUUAUCACCUGCUGAUUUUUUUGCUGCUGCUGCUACAGCUUCUUAUUUGCCUGCGGCUGCGGCUGCUGCUGCAGCAGCAUCAGCUACAACAUUAACAUCAUCAACUGAUAUUGCAUCUGUUGGUUGGUGUAUAUUUGUUUAUAAUUUGGCACCUGAAACAGAAGAAAAUAUUUUAUGGCAAUUAUUUGGACCAUUUGGUGCUGUACAAAGUGUUAAAAUAAUACGCGAUUUUCAAACACAAAAAUGUAAAGGUUUUGGUUUUGUAACAAUGACAAAUUAUGAUGAAGCAUUAAUGGCUAUUAAUUCACUCAAUGGUUUUACACUUGGUAAUCGUGUAUUACAAGUAUCAUUUAAAACAAAUAAACCAAUACCUAUUCGCGCUUUCUAG